UGAUUUAUAUAUGAAUGAUGUAAAUGAUGAUGAAGCUAUAACGUUUUGUUGGAUGAAUUUUCAUAUAAAAGUUUAAAGUUUAUUAAACGUCAAAAUUAAGAAAGAAUAACUAUGGCUGAUGAAAAAUCUACACCGCAAACAGAAGAUAAAGAAUUAAACGAUUUAUUAGAUAGUGCUUUGAAAGAUUUCAAUAAAGAACAAAAAUCAGAAAAAGAAGAUAUAUGUAAAGUAAAUAUCCUUGAAUCUAUGCCAGAUAAAAAUAUAUCUGAUAUUUCAGAGGAUGCUUGGACUACAGAUUUUAUUAAACAAGCAGCAGAACAAUUUGAAGAAAAUUUACAAAAUUUUAUUCAAAAUGGACCAGAUAAUGAAUUAGGAGCGUCUUUCCAAAAAAUGGCACAAACAGUUGCUAGUGUAAUAAAUGAUGAAGAUAGUUUUGACAAAAAUACUGUGAAUACAGAUUUCAAAUCUGCCAUUGCACAAGCAUUAAAUGAUUUAUCUGCAACAUCCGAAAAUUUGCAGAGUGAAGCUGUUUUAUCAGAUAUGAUUGGACAAGUAUCUUUAGAAGAUGGUCCUGGUGCUAUUUUACCAUUUAUGCAAGGAAUGUUACAACAUUUAUUAUCUAAAGAAAUUUUAUAUCCAUCAUUGAAAGAAUUGAUAGAAAAAUAUUCUGAAUGGUUAGAAGAGAAAAAGACAACAGUAUCAUCCAAUGAUCUACAACGGUUUACAAAACAACUUAAUUUAAUGCAACAGGUAUGUAUUGAACUUGAUAAAGAAAAAGAUGAUGAUACAGAAGAAAUAAAAAGGAAACGUUUUGAAACAAUAAUAUCACUUAUGCAAGAAGUACAAGCUUGUGGUCAGUUACCUGAAGAAUUGAUAGGUGAACAGACAGUACCUUUUCAAAUUGAUACUGAAGGUGAUUCUGUGAUUCCAGCAUUAUUACGUAGUAUGGAAUCGCCACAAAACUGUUGUUUAAUGUAAAUUAAUUUUAAUAAUUAUUCGUAAUUUUUAUGGCUCUAUAAUAGAAGACGU